ACUUCUUCCUACAACUGCGGCGCCCGUAUUUGGAUCAUCGUCUGCUAUUGCGCUGUUUGCAUGAACUGUCCAGUACUAUGGUAUUGAAGACGCCUGACAUGUCGGCCACCGAGUUGAUGAACCGGUACCUCACCGGCGACAAAAGCGCAGUAUUGUCGAAGAACGUACUUAAAGACAGCGUGCUUGGACCUGCAGUCAGACCUACAAAACUGCAAUCAGGCGAUCAUGCAGCCCCUGGUUCGCUCGGCUCUGCUUGCCACGCGUUCGUUCCGCCAUCGAUUCACAACCGCAGGAUACAUAAGGGCACCGAGUGUGUCGGCUUGUGUGGCUCGCUCUCGCGCUAUUUGGCAUUUUGCUCCACAAAGUCAACUACCCGACAACCGCAGGAACAUGAGCGACACUGCACCCACCGAUAGCGCCGAUCCGUUCGCGGCGCUCAUCCCCCUUGUUGAACCAUAUCUCGCCAAUGCGCAGGAUCCCAUGACUAUCACUGCGGACGACCCCAGAUAUCAACUGUUACUGAAGAAGCAUGACUGGAAACCAGUACAGGGGCAGCCUCAAACAUACAUUCGUGCGACCAUCGGGAGUGAGCAAGUGUGGGCGCUCAUCAAGGUGCUCUUGGGAGAAAUGCUCGACGCGGCAAUAGGCGCAUCCCUGCAUACGACUUUGGAUAAGGAGACGCUCCAUGACCGUCUGCUCGAGGGUGUUAUGCGGAUGCGAUAUCACUCACCUCUGGUAGCUGCGUCCCUCAAGCGCGAUUCGGAAGUCAGUUUGGACCAACAUUGGUCCUACACUUGCGCUUCUUCCCCGGCCGAAGUCGAAGAAUGGGCUCGUCAAGUCCUCCAUGUCGUGGACGAUCCCAUCACUAUGGAAGAAUUUAGUCAUGUCGCGGCACGUCAGCUUCCUGAAACUCACGAGGAUGGUCACGAAUCGCUUUUCGGUGUUUAUCUCCUCACCAAUGUCUAUCCCGGAGAGAACAAAAUGGCGAUCUUCGUGCAUGGUGCCCAUUGCCUAAUGGACGGGCAUUCCGGAUUGGAUUGCCUUGCUCAACUGCUCAGUUAUGUUGUCACUCCCGAGAAAACUCUGCCGGCUGCUCAACUGGCCUGGGGCAAGGAGUGGUGGAACUUGCCACCAGCCCCAUUCGACGCACUGGGUGGUUUGCCAGAGAGUUUCAAAACCGAGGGUUUAGCUUUGGUCAAAGAGUGCUGGGCACUCAGCAAGAAAGAUGUCACUCGCCAUGGUCUUAAGCCCCAACGUAUCACGCCUAUCACAGCCAAACCGGAAUACGUGGUUCGAGUCAUCGACGAGGCAACAACAUCAAAGCUGCUGGCUCGUCUCAAGGAGGUCAAAUCCUCUCCUACUACGCUAAUCGACGCUGCCAAGGCACUUGCCGAGCUCCGUCUGAACCCUAUUCCAGACGAAGAGCGGGACUCGGUCUAUUUCCGAUAUGGGAUUGAGGUGAGUCUGAGGCGAUAUCUCAAAUGCGAUCCUCGGACAUACAUAACAUCGUGUCUUACCUUCAUCUCCAACGAAUUACCCGUGUCUUCCAUUCCCACGACCGGGACAGAGAAGGAUCGGUUCAUCGCCGUAAUGAAUGCCAUCCAGAAGCAAUAUGUCUACUGGGCUUCUCAACCUCUACUCCCGUUUAUCGGAGCAGCACAGACAAUCCUGGAACAUCCCAUCCUCAUGUUCAUGACGCAGAUGGCAUCAAACCCAUACGUCGGUCUACAUUCCAGCGUCGGGCUGAUUGAAAGCAUUCUCCCGACAACUUGGGUCGAUAAGACGGGAAAAGAGGUCAUCCAGAUUGACGACAUCAAGUUUGGCCAUCGGAAGGCCGGUCCGCCCCCUGCCGUGGUCUCUUUCACAGUUCACGGGAAGAUGCAUAUUCAGGUUAUGUAUGGGGAUCAUUGGAACACAGCCUUCAUCGAUCAGUACCUGGACGAGAUCGAACGAAACAUGCGGCUGAUCCUAGAUGACAGCAAUUCGGCAGCCGGCUUGUCUGCGCACCUCUAGAUGACGUUCAUCCAAGCUCAAGGAAGUGUUGAUGCCACGAGGUUCCGAUGCCGUCCGAUUUGGAUCAGAUACGCAGUAGAUGACGUGUCUUUUUCAACCGCUUCCCUCUUCAUAUUAAGAUUAUGGAUCAGAA